UUUUUCAGAGAAAAAACCAAACAUAUGCUUGGACCUAAAAUUCCAUGACUAUGAGUCGGUGACUCGGUAUCCCCGGCUCGCUGUACAAUUUUCUACCGCGAAACCGCUGCAAGCCUGCAACUGUUGAACGGAGAUAGAGACAGAGAGAGAAUGCGAACCAGAAGCAAAUCGAAGCGACCGCACUCAGUGGACAAACACGAAACAGUGAAAGGCGAGAGCGCCGAUGAUAAUGAGACUCUGUCUAAUAUUUCUAGAGAUGCUGUGGGAAAACUUUUGAAAAGAGUUAAGAAAGGGUUUAGCAAAGAAGAUGUUGGUUAUCUGCGUCACUGUGAGCCAGUCCCGCCGAUGGAGAGAGAAUCACAGGACUUUGAGAAAAGACCUACGGGUACAACUGGUGGAAAUGAUACAGCUCAACCUGAAUCUCACGGUAGAGAAGCAAUGGAGUGUGUAUCUGACCAUCGAACAGAUGAUGAGGGUUAUGGCUCUGAAUGGGAAGAUGGUUCACUUCAUACAUUUUCGGAGGAUUUAGUGAAUGGGGUAUCUGUUGAAUUUGAUGUUUCUCCUGGGUUGGCAAAGCGGAAGCUCAUCCGGCGAGCCACUGCAGAAGAGAAGGAAGUCGCUGAGCUUGUGCACAAAGCUCAUUUGCUUUGCCUACUGGGAAGGGGAAGGUUGAUUGACAGUGCUUGUAAUGACCCUCUCCUUCAAGCUUCCCUUCUUUCUCUUGUUCCAAAAGAUUUGCUGAAAGUAGCAGAUGUACCAAAACUUACGGCUAGAUGUUUGUCCCCUCUAGUCAAUUGGGUCCACAACAAUUUCCAUGUUAGAAGUGCAUCUUUGGAUGAAAAAUCAUGUGAUUUAGCGAUGUCAUCUGCUUUGGAAAGCCAAGAGGGAACACCAGAAGUGGUUGCAGCAUUAUCCGUGGUACUAUUUAGGGCCCUGAAUCUGACCACUAGGUUCGUCUCCAUUUUGGACGUGGUCUCCUUGAAGCCUGAUGGUGACAAACCAGACCAUCAAUUGGAAUUUGGUAGCAAGAGGGAGAUAAAUGUAUUUAACUCAGCAACUCCAAUGGUUGCUGGACCCAGCAAUUCUUCUGAUUAUACUGUGAAAUCAUCUCCUGAUGUUGAGCCGGGCUGCAGUCAAACUGCUGCAAGAGGUUCUGGCAGGCGGAAGGCUGAUAAAUCAAGUAAGGAUGAAAUGCAAUCUCAAGCUGCUUUGAAUGGUGAUAUGCCUAAAGAGAAUAUGUCAGAGUUGUCAGUAUCGGAAACCACAACUGAUACUUCUGAACUGUGCCCCGUGAAAUCUGAGAAAUUGAAAAGGAAAGGAGAUCUAGAAUUUGAGAUGCAGUUGAAAAUGGCUCUUGCAGCUACAGCAAUUGGAAGUUCUACCAGUGAGGCUGAGGCGUCUAAUGUGGUAGAACCAUCCAGCACUUCUGCGACUCUUACUCCGCCUUUUAAAAGGAUGAGAAAGAUUAGAAAAGAUGAAUCUGAAACCUCCUCGAGUGGAAUCUCUACAGCUAUUGGAUCGAAAAAGGUAGGAGCCCCACUUUAUUGGGCUGAGGUUUUCUGCAGUGGAGAAAACUUGACUGGAAAAUGGGUGCAUGUUGAUGCCAUCAACGCAAUUAUAGAUGGAGAGGAUAAAGUAGAAGCUGCAGCUGCUGCAUGCAGAAAAUCUUUGAGAUAUGUGGUUGCUUUUGCUGGAAAUGGUGCUAAGGAUGUGACCCGCAGGUAUUGCACAAAAUGGUACAAGAUAGCAGCUCAGAGAAUCAGUUCAACCUGGUGGGAUGCAGUUUUGGCGCCAUUAAAGGAGUUGGAGUCUGCAGCAACUGCUGGUAUCGGCAAUUUGGAAUCUGAAGCCUCAAGGCUUGAGAAGAUCGAAGCUUCUCAAGUAGCAAAUGCAGAUCAUGGAGGCCUACCUGAUGCAAGCGAAAUACAUGGAGCAUCCAGAGAGUUCUGCAACAAAAAAGCUGUGAAGUCACCUGUGACAAACAAUUUUUCUUCUAACAGGAGCUCCCUGGAAGACAUGGAACUAGAAACUAGAGCACUUACCGAACCCCUUCCUACCAAUCAACAAGCUUACAGAACUCAUCACUUGUAUGUGAUUGAAAGAUGGCUUAAGAAGUACCAAAUUUUACACCCCAAGGGGCCUGUAUUGGGGUUUAUUUCUGGGCAUGCCGUAUAUCCACGUGCUUGUGUCCAAACUCUUCAUACUAAGGAGAGGUGGCUGCGUGAAGGGUUGCAAGUGAAAACUGGUGAAGUUCCUGUUAAGGUUCUGAAUCGCUCCUUAAAAUCUAUCAAAGAAGCAGCUUUGGAUGAUAAUAACUAUGCAGUUGCGGAUCAUCUAGAGACUACUACCGCUCUUUAUGGGAAGUGGCAGACUGAACCACUGUGUCUUCCUCAAGCUGUUAAUGGGGUUGUGCCAAAGAAUGAACGCGGUCGAGUGGAUGUCUGGUCCGAGAAAUGCCUCCCACCGGGUACGGUCCAUCUUCCGUUGCCAAGGGUGGCCCAGGUUGCAAAAAGGCUAGAUAUUGAUUAUGCUUCUGCUAUGGUUGGAUUCGAAUUCAGAAAUGGCCGGUCCGUUCCUUUAUUCGAGGGUAUCGUGGUUUGUGAGGAGUUCAAGGAUGCUGUUCUAGCGGCAUAUCUAGAAGAAGAAGAAAGAAGAGAUGCCGAGGAGAAGAGGAGGAACGAGGCUCAAGCUCUAUCGAGAUGGUAUCAGCUUCUUUCCUCCAUCAUUACCCGGCAGAGAUUGAAUGCGCUCUAUGGAGACGGAGCAACCUCUCAGUCCAUCGAUGAGAUCCAAAAAGAGAGUGACUCUAAACCAGCUAGUGCUACCCAGAAAAGAGAGGCAUCUCCAAUAAGCCAACAAGUGAAGUCACGAGAGGAGAAAUGCGAUGUUUCAACCCCGACUCCCACAGAAGAGCACGACCACGAGUUUGUUGUGGAAGAGCAGGUGACUAGCGAUGAUGGUCCGAUGCAAAUAAAGCGAUGCCGUUGCGGAUUCUCAUUACAGUUUGAGGAGUUGUAGCAUCUUUUUGUAAGUCAUUGGCCAUUGUGCAAAAUUUCACUCGCUAAUGUUGUGCCAAUGCUAUUAAUAGAAUUAUUAUUAAUGUAUCUUUUGGUUUGAUGACAAUAGAUGUUUGUAAUAGUAACCAUAUAUCUCAAUUCGGUACAUACUGUGCUUGAAGAGAAGCAAAGUAAAAAGUCAAAGCAGUUGAUGAGAGGUAUAACACAAGAACAAUUCCAAGACA